UUUUACGGGAGAAGCCCGGCUGCAUUAACUCUUACUACAACAAGCACCUAGACAACUCGCACAAAAUCCAGUGAUGGAGGUCAGCUCCACAGAAGCCAGCAGCAGUUCCCAGGGAGGCACCGGCUUGGAUCUUACCCUUGUCACCUGUACUGAAACGGUGACUUUCACUGAAGCGGUGAGAGAAGAGGAGUGGGGAUCCUUUUACUAUUCCUUUAAGACAGAGCAGCUGCUGACUCUUUGGAUUCUCUUUAUUGUCACAAUUGCUGGAAAUGCCACCGUGCUCUUCUCUACCUGGAGGAGGAAGCGGAAAUCUCGAAUGACCUACUUUGUUACACAGCUGGCAAUCACAGAUUCAUUCACGGGACUCAUAAACAUAAUGACUGACAUAAUUUGGCGCUACACUGGAGAUUUUAUGGCUCCUGAUAUCGUUUGCAGAAUCGUUCGCUACUUCCAGGUGGUCCUUCUCUAUGCCUCGACUUACGUCCUUGUGUCACUAAGCAUAGACCGGUAUCAUGCCAUAGUUUACCCAAUGAAGUUCUUGCAAGGAGAAAGACAGGCGAAAGUGCUUAUUGGAGUGGCCUGGAGCCUCUCUUUCCUGUUUUCCAUACCAACUCUGAUUAUUUUUGGGAAACGGCAGCUCUCCAACGGAGAAGUGCAGUGCUGGGCUCUCUGGCCUGAUGACUCCUACUGGAUACCCUACAUGACAGUGGUGGCUUUCCUGGUGUAUUUCAUUCCUCUGAUCAUUAUCAGUGUCAUAUAUUCAAUCGUGAUUCGAACCAUCUGGAUGAAGAGCAAAGCUCAGGCUGUCGUCCUAUCCAGCUGUCCUGGUGGCACAACCUCUGCUGGCUGCACCAGUCGUGGGUUCAUAUCAAGGGCAAAAGUGAAAGCGAUCAAGUACAGCAUUGUAAUUAUCCUUGGGAAAGAAGAACUCAAAGGCUGGGAGGGACUUUCCGGGAAAGGAGCAAUGGAGGGCAGGAGUUGCAGGUCCUAUCCAAACCAGAAUACAUCUAGCACAGACGAUGCUCCGCAAAGCCAUGCUGGAACCUGUACUGAAGAAAACAGAGGUCCCUCACGCCCUGUCAUUGUGAAGCAGAUGGACGCUGACUGGCAAGAGCCUGCAACUUGCGCUCUCGUGCACCUUACAGCACAUAUAUUUCGGAUCGGCACUGCAGCUUCAGCAAUCUCACACUGCCAGUGCCAAACUCAGCGCGAGGUUUUUGUCUGCCUCUGUUUUGAGGCUUCAUCUUGGCCCUCUGUUUAAAGCAAGCUGUAAUCUAUGCAUGCUCCAAAC